AUGGCCGGGCUUGCCGGGCUUACCGAGCUUGCCGGGAUCGUCGGGGUUGUCGGAUUCGUACUCGGCGUUCCGUCCAAAUUGGUCCAGAUAAUUUUUUCCGAUCCAUUUAGAUAUCGCUCUCGACGCUUUGGUGUCAUCUGGGGCACGAUGCUAUACCUUAGUCUGCUCGUUGAUACAGACACUUUGCAGCAGAGACACUGGGAUAUCAAUUUGUGGACUGAUGCGGAGGUAAUUGCUUGGAAAAGCUCACAUCUAGCGUUUUGCAACGCGGUCGCCGUGGCGGCCGCUAUCUUCGCCAGCAUCGGGCUCACCGCGCUCCAAUUGCCCAAUAUGAACACCGUGCACUGGUCAUCACGAGCAUGCUGCGCUUCGAGCAUGGUGCUGGGCGUCGCCUCAGUAUUCACAGCCACGAGGCAAUAUUUAGCAGUGGGAAUGCUAAAUUCACCGUUGCAAAUUCGAUUGUGGCUUAGUCGAGGAAAACCUGAGGCUUAUAUGCUUGCUGCGACUAAGAUAGCUCUUUUCAAAACCUCGGCUCCCGGUCCUUCUGCCGGUGAAGGAACUCCCGGGACGACUCAGAAUAAAUAUGCGAACAUGGAAGUCUACAAGCAUAUGCCCUUGGAGAGCUCAAUCUCGGCUGUCAAGGCUGUUGCCCUUCCGAGCCAUCUUCUGUAUUUGGCGGUAAUCGUGUUUCUCGUCGGAUUCGGGCUAUAUGUUUUUUUUCAAUGGCUUGAGGACGUUGGGGGAGCGGUGUCAAAUCGGAACAUAUUCAUUGUCUUUAUAAUCACAACCGGACUAUAUGCCAUAUACGACGUUCUCAUCGAGGUCGCAAGAGUUCUAGAUAUGGACAAACGGGCCCGAGAAUUUGACACUGAUACGAUAGGAGGCUCUCGAAAAAAGAUACAUCUUCUCGUCCUUCAGCAGCGUCUCCUCAAUCUACGACAAGGUGUUGACAACGAAGGCGUCGAAGGUGACAAUCAAGACCGACAAUGGCACCCCUCCCGACGAACAAAUCAAUCAGCUCCAAGCACAGCUCCAAGGGCCACCUUGGGAAGACCUGCUAGCAGCGUAUCAGGGCCAUCACCGCCGCAACCAAGCACCACACCCCCAGCCAGACAAUCACUUCACCAAAAGCCUUCUGCCACAGUGAAUGGAGCAGAUCCUGACCUCAACGGUGAUAGACACCAAGCAUGGGAGCGUUACGGUGACAAAUAUCAAGCAUGGGACCGUUACAUCUCUGCUUACGUACAACGGUACAGUCGCACAGAGCAACGACUGACCCUGAUGAGGCUCAUGGAGCUCAAGGGCAGCUUCGAGGCGGAGUGGGAUAUUAUUUCGACGUCCAGGGAGACAGCGGAACCAGUAACUGGGGAGCAAGCUUCAGUGCGUGAGGUUGGUGUGGGUGAGAAAAGCGACGUGUAA